GGUAGAAAUAUGUCAAAAUCAGCUGUGAUGAAAUAUUCGAAACGAAAUGUUUACGAUUUUAAUUUAAUUGCAAUAUCUUUACGUGUUUUUGAGUAUAUUGUGAAUGAAAUAACCUGGAAAUUAAUAACAAAACCAUUACCAACUAUGGUACGAUUAGAAUUAACUCUAGCGAUAAUCAAACCCCACGCUGUGAAAAAUCCAGUUGCCCUUUCAUACAUAAGAAAUGAAAUAAAAAAUAAAUUCAUAGUCGUUAAAACCAAGAGGGUUUCCCUGGACAAGGAGACUGCUAGCAAUUUUUACAAGGAGCACAUGGGGAAGUUCUUCUACAAUCGGCUCGUGACGUUCAUGUGUAGCGGGAGCGUGGACGUGCACGUGCUGGGCGGCGGCGGCGCGGUGGCGGGCUGGCGGCGCGCGCUGGGCCCCACGGCGGCGCUGCGGGCGCAGUUCCUGCAGCCCGCGUGCCUGCGCGCGCUCUUCGGCAUCUCCGACACACGGAACGUGGCGCACGGCUCAGACUCUCCAGCAUCAGCUGAAAGAGAGAUCAAGUUCUUUUUCCCAGAAUUCUCCUUCUAUGACUGGCACCACACUGAUGAAGUGAUGUUUAGGAAAGGACCUAUUAUAUUCAAUGACUACCUGUUUCAACAUGUGAGAAAACUCUAGAAGAUUAUAGAUAGAACAAUAAAAUUGUGUGAAAUGUUGAGAAAUCCCUGAGGGCGUAGGCAAUCCUAGGAGGACUGUAGAUCUCCAUUAGUUAAUCUGUGGCUGCUGAGGUGGGCCCGACACAAAUGUCCUGGCACACCUGUAGCUGCUAUGCAGCAUGAGAUAGCUUUGAGAUGAAGAAUCAAAAUGCACUUUGUUGUAAAAUAUAACAUUUAUUUAGAUAUUGAAUAUCAAAGAUAAAGCAAUAUGUACUAAUCUUGUAUUACUAAUUAGUUCAAAUAUAAAUGUUAUCUUCUGUUUAA